CCCUGAGCAGGGGAAAUCCGCAAAUUCACUUGACAACCCACUGGCUUCAUCUCAGGGAAUCUAAUGGAUCUAAGAGGGUACUUAAACAGGAUUGGGUUUACUGGACCAUAUGACAAACCUGAUCUGGACACUUUACGCACCAUCCAUAAGCUGCAUGUUAUGACCAUUCCAUUUGAGAACCUCAGCAUCCACUGCGGGGAGAAGAACACGACGGACCUGAACAUCAUCUAUGAUAAAAUAGUCAAAAGCAAUCGUGGAGGCUGGUGUUGUGAAAACAACCUCUUGUUCUCAUGGGUCCUAAAGGAGAUGGGUUACAAAUACACCACACUAGGCUCAAAGGUGUUUAAUAAGUUCCAAAAUGAUUUCUACCCUGUGGACUCUCAUCUCAUCAAUAUGGUGGAGAUUGAUGGGAAGCCUUACAUUACCGACGUGAGCUAUGGAGUGUCGUGCCAACUGUGGUAUCCCUUAGAGAUGAUCUCGGGUAAAGAUCAGCCGCAGCCUCCAGGUGUGUUCCGCCUGCUAAACGAUGGGAUGACGUGGGUUCUGGAGAAGACUUCAAGAAAGCAAGUGGUCAAAGACAAGGCCUAUGCUCAUUCCAGCCUCAUUGACAGGCGCCUGACGAAGAAAAUGUAUUGCUUUCCAUUAACACCCCGUGAUAAAGAGCAUUUUGUGGAGACCCUGGAUUGCUUGCAGACCAGUCCUGAUUCUCGGUUUGUGCUGAAGUCCAUUUGCUCCCUUCAGACGCCCAACGGCUUCAGAGCUCUGAUUGGCUGGACUUACAGCGAGAUCACAUACAACCCCGAGGAGGACUGUGACAUGGUGGACAUGAAGGAAAUCCUUGACUGUGAAAUAGAAGCUGUGCUGAAGGAAAAGUUUAAUGUGAUGUUAGUUAAUAAGUUCACACCUAAAAACAAAAAAGCUAAUUAUUGCAUGUAAUACAGUACUGAACCAUGACCCGUAAGUAUUGUCAAGCAUCUCAAUACUUGUCACCAGAGAUGGAAAAACUCUCAUACUUCCUUGAAUGGCCUUUUCUUUAGGAUGUGACAAACAGGUCUAACCAAUAGAAGAGUUUCUGUGAAAGUCUAGCCCUGAAUGCAAUGUUUCUGUGUGUCUCAAUGUUUCUUAUGAUUUUGAAAAUAUUAAUUAACAUAGACAUAUAAUCAAUGUACUGUUAAAGAUUGUUUAAAAAUUAUUGACUUAUGUUUUGUCGCACCAAAACUGAAUUUACACGUCCACUGGUUAAA